AUGACGCCUUGUCAGCCUCCUUGGAAACCUCGUCCUUCACAAAUCAGCGGUUUGACAGAAGGCAACUGGAAUGAGUUUUCUUGGGUAACCUUACCCUUCGUCGUCGAAAUCGGCUCAGGGUCCGGGCCAGUUGUCUUAGAUACAGGGUCCAUUAAGCAGAUUCGUGAGGUGGUUCGUGAUGAUCGUGGACAUUUGAAACAACAGAAUGCUUAUAACUAUAUUUCAUCAAUGUAUUUUAUUGUUAACCUACAUGAAUAUCUCCAGGCAUUUAUUAAGAGUUGUGACACUUGUCAGAAGGUGGGGGUGGAGGCCUGUGCUAUGCUGGAAUUAUCAGGCACUGCUAUUGCUGAUUUUCUUUAUCGAGAUCUCAUUUGUCGGUUUGGUUAUUUCACGAAGCUCAAAACUGAUAAUGGAAAAGAAUAUGUUAAUGAAGUUGCUGAUCAGUUAUUAUAUGACUAUGGUAUCACACAUCUCAAAUCAAUUGAACAUCAUCAUCAAGGAAAAUCCUACCAAAUUGCUGCAUGCGCUUUCGGAUUGUUACUUUCUAUUUGGCCAAAAGAAGUUGAUGUCGCCCGCUUUAUUGGGAAUAUUCCAGUGAGAUUGAAGAUUGAUAAUGGUUCACAAGCAACAUUGAUCAAUCCAAAGACAAUUGUAGGGUUAAAUUUGGAAAUCAAACAGUUGAAAUUUCCAGUUUCAAUGAAGGCAGCAAAUCAAAUGGAGCUGACUUUAAAGAAGUAUGUGGACACUAUGUUGAUCAUUGAGGGGAUAGAGUUACAGGUUCUGAUGUUUCUCCAUGAUAAUACUCCUGUUGGUUCGGUUCUUUUGGGUACCAAUUUUCAAGAUAAAUAUAAAUUAUCACUCGUGCAUAAUCCUGAAUCUGUGGAUAAGGAAGGUUUCAUUUAUUAUGGUGGAAAAUUAAGAAGAAUUCCAGUUGUUAGUGUAAAACCUAGUGAUAAUAUUGAUGUUGAACCAGCUGAAAUUGUUGAAAUUUCAAAUAAUGACAAGUUAAAGAUAAUCUUGAAUGAGGUGGUAAACAAACCACCAAAGGCUGAAGGUGAUUAUUUUAUUAGGAAACUCGGGGACAUCGAAUCUGUUUUCUAUUUAGAGGGAGGGUCUCCAGGUCGUUUAAAACCUGAAGUACAUCCUCUAGUAAAGAUAAAUCUUGGAACUCAUGAACCUUGGAGACUUAAGACAUUCUAUUGGGGAACAAAAGCGACUUAG